GUUCCAAUUCCUCACGUUUCGCACUCCUUUGUCUCAAUCAAAAUCGCUCGAACACUCAAAGAUGGAUACCUUCCUUUUCACCUCCGAAUCAGUAAACGAAGGCCACCCUGACAAAAUCUGCGAUCAGGUUUCAGAUGCUAUCCUAGAUGCUUGCCUGGAGCAAGACCCAGAGAGCAAAGUUGCGUGCGAGACCUGUACAAAAACUAACAUGGUAAUGGUGUUUGGUGAGAUUACAACCACGGCUAAAGUGGACUACGAGAAAAUAGUUCGUGACACUUGUAGAGGCAUCGGGUUUGUAUCUGCUGAUGUUGGCCUUGACGCCGAUAACUGCAAAGUUCUUGUGAACAUCGAGCAGCAGAGCCCUGAUAUAGCUCAAGGAGUUCAUGGUCAUCUGACCAAAAAACCUGAGGAAAUUGGAGCUGGUGACCAAGGUCACAUGUUUGGCUACGCCACUGAUGAAACACCUGAGCUAAUGCCCCUUACUCAUGUUCUUGCAACCAAACUAGGUGCUAAGCUCACAGAGGUCAGAAAGAACAAAACAUGCCCAUGGUUGAGGCCGGAUGGUAAAACCCAAGUGACUGUUGAGUACAAGAACGAUAAUGGAGCCAUGGUUCCUAUCCGUGUGCACACGGUGCUCAUCUCAACUCAACAUGACGAAGCAGUCUCGAAUGAGAAGAUUGCUGCAGAUUUGAAAGAGCAUGUAAUCAAACCAGUGAUUCCGGCUGAAUAUCUCGAUGACAAGACUAUCUUCCACCUCAAUCCUUCUGGUCGAUUUGUGAUAGGUGGCCCUCACGGAGAUGCAGGACUUACUGGCCGGAAGAUUAUCAUUGACACUUAUGGUGGAUGGGGUGCUCAUGGUGGAGGUGCCUUCUCCGGCAAGGAUCCGACCAAGGUUGAUCGGAGUGGUGCAUACAUUGUUAGGCAGGCGGCGAAGAGUGUGGUGGCUUCAGGGCUUGCCCGGCGCUGCAUAGUGCAGGUUUCUUAUGCCAUUGGAGUGCCAGAACCACUGUCUGUUUUUGUGGACACUUACAAAACUGGGAAGAUUCCAGACCGCGAUAUCCUUGCCCUGAUUAAGGAGAAUUUCGACUUCAGGCCAGGAAUGAUUUCCAUCAAUCUUGACCUCAAAAGAGGAGGAAAAUUUCGGUUCCAGAAAACUGCUGCUUAUGGUCAUUUUGGACGAGAUGACCCUGAUUUUACUUGGGAGACCGUGAAGCUGCUUAAGCCCAAGGCUUAAAGUAGCCAUGGCAUUUCUACAGGUGGUCAUGGUUGUAGCCAUCUUUUGGUUUUGGAUUUUGGGGGAAAAGAAAUAAAGGAGCUUCAUUGCGUGCAUCCACUCAUGGAGAUAGAUUACCCAGCUUUCAUGAGAAAUUGAAGCAGAGACGAAUACCUGGCUUUCGCACAAUAGGAGCUUGUAGAAUUAGUUGGUUUCUGUUUUUGACCCCUUUAAA